AUGGAUGAUCUCCUGGCAGAACUGAACGAACUUCUACAUGCCAUUAAAAUGCCGGUCGUGGCAGCUGGAGUCCUUUAUUACGUUCAGACGUUAUUAUUAUCAGAGGAGAAAACCGGAGAUCCUCCCGGAGCUGCUUUAUGCCUUCUCGACCAUAUCUCUACUCUUCAUCCGAAUUUACAUGCCAAAGCGUUUGAUGUGUGCUGUCAGCUGUACGAGAAGAUUGCUGGAGAAAAUGAAGCAGCUGAGGUGAUUAUGGAACGUCAACGGCUCGUAGUCGAUCGCCUGGUACACCUGCUAUCAGUAGGCGGAGCGAUCCCAGUACUGGAAAAGGUGUGGGAAAUGUUCCGUGAUGGACAAAUAGACGCGUCUUUAGUGCGAUACUUCGCGACAGAGAUCCUGGAGAUAAUCGCACCACCGUUUUCCGAUGAUCUUAUCUCGCUUUUUCUACCAUUGGUCAGCGAUGAGGAAAUUUUCGACAAAGCUGCUCAUGAGCGCUUUCCAGCUGCUGGAGAGUUUAUACAGUACUGCCGUGAACAAAUGUCUGCUACGGCCGUUGCUUAA